AUGAGCAGCUACUCUAGUGAUUUUAAUAUGCCUACUGAGAGUCAGGAAAACCGAAAACAGGCAGUAAUGGAUCAAGUUAGAAAUGAAUUAGCACUUGUCAAUGCUCAAGAACUCAUUAACAAAAUUAAUGAAAAAUGUUUCUCAAAAUGUAUCACGAAACCAGGAUAUAAGUUAGAAAGUAGUGAACAAACUUGUAUUGCCAAAUGCAUGGAUCGUUAUAUGGAUGCUUGGAAUAUCGUAUCUCGUGCGUACAUCAGUCGCGUCCAAAGAGAAAGUAGUUUACAAGGUGGAAGUCUGUAG